GAUAUAUUUUAAAUAAAAUAGCUUUUGAAGCUAGUAAAAAACACAAUAUAUGUAGUGAAAAAAAAAAAAUUAAAAAAAAAAAAAAACUCGUGAAGGAAAAGUUUACAUGCUAUGGAACAGGAAGAUCGGAUUUAAUGAAAAAAACAGUUUUUGGUUCAUCGUACAAGGCAAAAAGAUUAAAACCUUAACAUCGUGCAUUCGGUGACUCGGAACAACGUGUUAGUGAAAGCACGUGGAAGUGGAAAAGUGAAUGAUAUCGUUUAACAUCGUGGAAAAGAAUUUAUAUCGUACAAAAAAAAAAACAAAAAAAACAAUUUCAUUAAAACUUAAACAUCGUAAAAUUAACAUUUGAUAAUCCUAAACAUCGUGGGAGUGGAAAAGUGAAAGAGAACGUUUAAAUCGUGAGAAAAAUUUUUUAUCGCAUAAAAUAAAAAGAUCAAAACUUUAACAUCGUAAAUUAAACAUUCGGUAACUCUAAAACAGCGUGCAGUUAAGGAACGUCGAAGCGAAGAAAAAGAAAAAAUAUCGUAAAGAACAAAUUAUCGUAACAAAUAAAACUAAAUUGUUUAACAUAGAGAGUGUAUAGCUAACGUAAAAGAAAGACGUGAAAAGUGAAGGAAAAAUAUCGUAAAGAACACAUUAUCGUAACAAAUAGAACUAAAUUGUUUAACAUAGAGAGUGUAUAGCCAACGUAAAAGAAAAACGUGAAAGGUGAAGAAAAAAUAUCGUAAAGAACAAAUGAUUGUAACAAAUAAAACUAAAUUGUUUAACAUAGAGAGUGUAUAGCCAACGUAAAAGAAAGACGUGAAACGUGAAGGAAAAAUAUCGUAAAGAACAAAUUAUCGUAACAAAUAAAACUAAAUUGUUUAACAUAGAGAGUGUAUAGCCAACGUAAAAGAAAGACGUGAAAAGUGAAGAAAAAAUAUCGGAAAGAACAAAACGAAUUGUUUAACAACGAGAACGUAAAAGUGUAACGUCGAAGCGAAGAAAACGAAAAAAUCAUCGUAACAAACAAAACGAACUAAGUUACGAUCGAACAGUGGAACAAAAAUAUCACAAUACGUUAAAAAUAAAAAUAAAAUAGAACACAUAAAAAAAAAGAAUAAAACAAAAAACGGAAUAAAAUAAAAUCAAAAUAAUUAAUAUACGAUAAAUAAUUCAACAAAAACUCUAUUCCACAACCGAAUGGGGAAUGUCGUAAGUGCGACUACCUACUUGGUGAAACAAAAUCAAAAGUCCAAAGGCAACAUUACGAACGAAGGCAAACAACAAAAUGGAGCGCGAAACCAGAGAAAUGGCGAUUCAAAACAUCAAACUCAUUCAACCAUUUGAUGGUGAUCGAAACUACUUAGCACUCUUUAUUCAAGGGGUCGACGCGAUCAUGCCACAGUCUCCUGUUAUAUCGGAAGAGACGAAAGUAUUCUAUCUACACUGUGUCAUAAAAAUACUCAGAGGCGCUGCAUUGGACUCGGUUAGGCGAGAGCAACCACCAGAUUGGAUGAUGCUGAGGCAGUUACUUAUAGAUGAAUUCGGAGAACACACGGCAGUUUCAACACUAAUUUUAGAAAUAAGCAAUAUUAAAUUUAAAAACAAUGUUAAGCUACUAUGCGAAGAGAUUAAUUUAGAAGUUUGUAAAGUAAAGGAUGUUAUCAAACUAAAAAAUGAAAUUUGUUCAACUAAAAUAUUUUUGUAUAAUGAAUUAGAUAAGAUAAGUUUGAAAACAUUAAAAAGAGAAUUGCCAAACUAUUUAACUGCGUUAAUAAACGCAAAUCUUGCAACCGACCUUAAGUCGGCAAUCAAAAUAUUAAAAGAAAACGAUGUUUAUGAAAAUAAUAAACAAUUCUCUAAACAGAAAACAAUUCAAAGAACUAACGCAAAUUCGAAACAACCUAAUUAUAUGAAUAACAAUAUUAAUAGUAAUAUAGAAUAUUUUGCAACCAAUACGAAUCAAUUUCCAGUUCGUUCCAAUUACAACACUUUUUCAAAAAAUUACCCAUUGUCCAAUCAAAAUAAUUAUUAUAAAAAUAAACCAUUUUUCAAUGAACAUAGCAAUCAACAAUAUACUUUACAGAAUAAUCAUUUCUCACAAGUUAGGCAUACACCUUUCAAUUCUGCAAACAUUUAUACUAAUAGAAACUUAAAUAAUUUAAAACAAGAUAAAAUUCAUGGGUCAAACCAAUCUCGAUUAAGACGCUUUGGCUAUCCUGAACCAAUGGAACAAGAUGAGGUAAAUUUUCGCUUAACAGCCUCGGAAGGCCCCCCACAAUUGAAUUGAAAUUUAAUAAAAAAUAUUAUAAAUUUUUAGUCGACACAGGUUCAUCAGUUAGUUUAAUAAAGCCUGGAAUAUCCAACGAAAA